AACCGGAAGUUGUUGUUUGCUCGGUGCUCGCACUAACUUGUGCUCUGACAACAACAGACUGGCUGACUGGUAAAGAAGAGAAGAAGCUGCAGGCUUAUUCAGCUAGUUAAGUAAGGGCUACACAUUACUUAUGCUAAAAAAGCGACAACAGCCUCUCAUGUGAGUGUCGUUUAGCUUUAAUUGAACAACCGUGUUGUGUGACUACACUUUUUUUUUUAAAUUUUUUACAGCUCUAAGUCAGGGUUGCUCUUUCGAGGAGCUAAGUUAGCUUGUCAAGCUAGCAAACUAGUGACACGAAUAACUUUAUUGACAUAAUUGACGCAUCUCGCUUGUUGUCUAGCUAAUGUGUACAUUGUCCAUGAGUUGUCAAAACCAUGGGUAUGUUGUGUAGUUAUUAAAAAUUGCCAGUGUUGGCUGGGUUGAACGGACGUGUGUCCAGUAUGAGCGCAUCAGCUGGGGACAGAGAGCCUGGGAUCCCCUUGGAUAAUGCAAAGGAAGAAAUCAGUGGCCCUACCUGCACAGGAGAGAGCAGCAAACAUGACUCUGCAGUAUGCACAGGCAGCAGUGAAAUAAAGAGCCGCGCUGUUGUCAAGUACUCUGCUGCCCCACCUCCUACCACCUAUGCCUUGCUGCAGGAGAAGACAGACCUGAAGCUGCCUCCUGCCAACUGGCUGAGAGAAAACCCCCAGCUGGGCAGCGCUGGCACCACUAUAUUAGGGUCCAGCAGCAAGAGCAAGCCUUUCUCCAGUUUUGGGAUGGCUUAUGAUUUCAUUGACUGCAUCGGGGAUGAUGUUGACGUGGUAUCAGACUCAGAGAACAUCAAGAAGCUAUUGAAAAUUCCCUACAGCAAGUCCCAUGUCAGUAUGGCCGUUCACCGCGUAGGGAGGACAUUGCUUCUGGAUGAGCUGGACAUUCAAGAGCUUUUCAUGAGAUCUUCUCAGACAGGAGACUGGACAUGGCUAAAAGAGUUUUACCAGCGACUAAUUGAUCAGAAGUGGCAGAGGAAAAAAAAGAGUAAAGAGCACUGGUAUCAGAAAGCAAUCCUGUCAAAGUUCCUCUACUACAGUAUAAAUGGUGAUGGUGCUGCAGAGCCUGUACCAGACAACCUGAAUGAAGGGGAGGAGGAGAACGGGGCGGAGGAGUUCAGUUCUUCAUGGCCCACCGCCUUCACCAGCGCACCGUCUGAUGCAGAAGAAUCAGAUGCUCCCAAGGAGGAAAGUGUUUCUGUGGACAGCAAGUUUGCUCUGGGCCAGGUGACGUCUGUACCCAAAGAGCAAAACCUCCCUAUGCUCUUCAACGAAGGGGAGAACAGUCAGGGUUUAAGGAACGACUUUGUGCGAAACAUCAUGUGGACAUUUGAGGAUAUCCACAUGCUGGUUGGGUCCAACAUGCCCAUUUUUGGAGGUGGUCGCUAUCCUGCCGUCAGUCUGAGACUCAGGGACAACAAUAAACCAAUCAACAUUCUGACGGGUAUUGACUACUGGCUUGACAAUCUGAUGUGUAAUGUCCCAGAGCUUGUCAUGUGCUUUCAUGUCAAUGGAAUUGUUCAGAAAUAUGAGAUGAUAAAAACAGAGGACAUCCCCCAUCUGGAGAACUCGACUUUCUCCACGAGGGUGGUGAAAGACAUCGCCCAGAACAUCCUCUCUUUCCUAAAGUCCAACUGCACCAAAGAGGGUCACACCUACUGGCUGUUCAAAGCUAGUGGGAGUGACAUUGUGAAGCUGUAUGAUCUUACUACUCUGUGUGAGGAGGCUGAAGAAGAGAAAUGUCAGAAUCCCUUCACUCUUCCUGUGGCUGUGUUACUAUACAAAGUUGCCAGCAACUUGAUGCUGAAGGCGAGGCAAAACAGAAAGCACUAUGGCACAAUCAGAACUCUACUCUUGAACUGUGUCAAACUUCUGGAUCAGGAGAGGCAUCCCCAGAUCAUCGCUUCAGCCCACUACAUGCUGUCAGAGCUGUUCCAGCUCGAUGAGCCUCCCCAAGAAGAUUGCGGAGAGUCGCUCCGGGCUGGCGGCUCAGAGGACAGCUACAGCGACGAAGACAGGGAGGAGGAAGAGGAGGAGGCGGAGUUGACAGAGGACAGCGAUGAGAACGGCUCCUACAGCUCCUGCUCCAGCCCUGAUAGUAAAGCUGUGGCUGUGAUCCGCUCUGUAGGGGAGCUGUCUGUCCCGGAGAAAUACAAGUCCACUCACCAGAUCAGACCAAGUUGCGCUUUCCCUGUUUCUCAAGACAAGGAGGAGAAAUGCAGGCACGUCCUGAGCUACGUACUAAAGGGGCUGAAGGCAGUGGAUGGCACCAUCAAGAAGGAGAGUGAUCUCCCAGCUGCAGACCCUAACACACCCAUUCCUCUCAAAUAUGAGGACAGAAGUGAAAUCGGAGCCUGUGCUGCUGAGACAGGCAUCUCUCGUCUUCUGGAACGAGCGGGGCCGUUGCAGGCGGACCAGAAGCACCCAACACGCUCAGGGAUGAUCCCUGGCUCGUGGCAGCACCGGAUGAAACUGCAGCUCUUCCUCAAAGCCUCCAAGGCCUAUUACGUCCUGUCUGACGCAGCCACUAAUUUGCUGAAGUAUGGGCGAGCCUUGCGCUACAUCAAGCUAUCUCUGCAGUGUUACGAUGCCUAUUGUUCAGUGAGCGGUACACUGCACCCGCAGGUGCUGCAGUUUCACAGUCAGGGCCUGUCUCUGUGUGGGGACAUCCAGCUGAUGUUGGCCCAGAAUGCACACAACAGAGCAGCUUACCUGGAGGAAUAUAGCUACCAGACCAAAGAGGACCAAGAGAUCCUGCACAGUCUGCACAGAGAGAGUAGCUGUCAAGCCUUUAACAUGGCAACAGACCUGGCCAUGGACCCAGAGUACCAGCUGUUUGUUAGCAGUAAGUGCUAUGAGGCAGCGUAUGAACUGUUGGUCUCUGAGGCUCUGAAAGAUCAUGCCUCAGAUCAGCUGGCUCAGGUGCUCAAAAGGCUGGGAAACAUCCGCAACGAGAUGGGAGUCUACUAUAUGAACCAGGCUGCAGCCAUGCAGACUGAGAAAGAAGUGAAGAAGUCGGUGUCUGUAGCAGAGCAAGAGAUGUGGAAAAAGAGUUUUGCCUUCUUUGAGAAAGGCAUGAAGGACUUUGAAGCCAUCAGGGACAGCACCAACACAGCCUUGCUGCUGUGUAAUACUGGCAGGCUGAUGAGAAUCUGUGCACAGGCCCACUGUUCCAUCUCUGCCGACCAGAGCAGAGGGGAGUUCUCCCCUGAAGAAGCCCUCUACUACAACAAGGCCAUAGACUACUACUUGCGGGCUAUGAAGUCACUGGCAAGCAGAGAGAGCCACCCAGCGGUGUGGGACAGUGUAAACUGGGAGCUGUCCACUACCUAUUUCACCCUGGCUACACUUCUGCAGGACUUCGCCCCGCUGUCCAGGAAGGCGCAGGAGCAGAUCGAGCGGGAGGUGACUGAGGCGAUGCUGAAGUCCCUAAAGUACUGUGACCUGCAGACUGAGUCUGCUCGUCAGCCGCUCUACCAGUACAGAGCUGCUACCAUCCACCACCGCCUGGCCUCAAUGUACCACAGCUGCUUCCGCAACCAGGUGGGGGAUGAACACUUGAGGAAGCAGCAUCGGAGCCUGGCAGAGCUUCAUUACAGCAAGGCUGUCUGUUUGUUCCACAGCCUCAGAGAUGCUCCCUGUGAGCUGCUCCGCACGCUUCUGGAGAGGGUGGCCUUUGCUGAGUUUAUUAUGGCAGGUCAGAGCAGCAGCUCGGCUAAGCUCAAGAGCCUGACUGGAGCAAUGGAGAUCAUGACAGAAACUCACCACGCUCUCCAGCUGAUUCAUAAGGAGCUGCUGGAGGAGCAGGUAGAUUUGAGUGAACCAUACCCUGCUGAAUCAGCUGAUGUGGCCAGUGGCCCCACCUCAGGACUGAACCUCCAGGAAGUGAUGAAGCUAAUUGGUGUGUUUGAGCCAAGUUUUUCCUUCCUGCUGCUGCAGCUGAUCAAACUGAUGACGACAAUGAAACGGAAACCAAGCAAUAAGGAUGAGGAGCUGUUGAAAAGCUAUAAGAAUGUGUACUCCAAGCUACUGCGAGCUGAGAAAAACGCACCUCUCCUCAGCCGUAUCAUGCUCUACAUAGAGCUCUUGCAGCAGCUGAACCCGCAAACAGGAAGUGACAACACGGGUACGCAUUUGUGAUAAUGAAAUGACCGUGGCGAGGAAGACACUCAAGACUUUAACUCCACUUCUCUACACCUCGCCGGCCAUCCAAGCCCUACUCUAGGGAAGACUUGAUACCUGUCAUCUCAAAUGCUGUGACAGGAAACAACAAUUUACAGACCCCAUUAUAAACAGGCACAUGCUCAGGCAACACCGUAUUUACAGUUUCAAAUCUAACGUCACCUCCUGCGCCUUUCAAAGUAAUCAUCUUUUUCUAACAUUUGCAUCCCGGAUUUUGAAUUGUACAUUUUGUGAAAAUAAUUGUAAAUUCAGAAGAUUUUAAUUUUCUUAUUGCUUAAGCUGUUGUGUUUCAUAUGUAAAGCUUCUUUGCGUUGGAUUUAUUAUUGACUGUACCAAAUAUCACCUGGAUUGCCUCAUUUUUCUAUAAACAAAAACAUACGACAUAAGAAACAAAGAUGGUAUAAUCACAUUUAACUUUUACGCACAGUUGCUUAGAUAUAUUAUUUGGUACAUGCUUAGAAAACCGAUGAUUCAAUUUAAUAUAUAUUUGGCGUUUGUGAUAUUCAAUAACACCAAGAAUGCUGUGAAUAAAAUAGAAUGAAGUGUGACUGAUGGCUGACAAGUUAAAAACAAGUUCAAACAACAUUAUUUACUUUCCAAAACAACAUUGUGCAAUAGCUUGGCAACAUUCAAUGCAAAGUCAGAGGCUAGUUUGUCCACAUUGCUGUAUGUAGAAAUGUAAGUUUCUAUCAGCAUGGUUUGCUGUGAUAUAAAAAAUAAAAGUUUUUUUAAAAAUUUUAAAU